CUAAUAAAAACCAUUGAAACGCUAAAGAAAAACAAUACAAUUUUUUAAACAAAAACCAUGUCUGACGAGUACGCGUGUGUGGCCAAGGGCAAGCUCAAGCUAAAGAACGACACAGAAUUGAAGAAGAAAAAGAAGAAGAGUAAAGGCAAGGACAAGGAGAAGGAACGCGAGGCACUGCUAAAGUCAUAUGUGGAACAGCAGAUCGCGGAGACGAGCACAUCCUCAUCGGCAGCUGUUGGCAGUGGGUACGAACGGAAACUAACCAAGGCGGAGCUGGCCAGCAAGAAGCAGCAGGAGAAGAUGCGCAACAAACGGAUAAUGGACAAGGCUCAGACCACGCACAAGGAGCGGGUGGAGAAGUUCAACGAGCAUCUGGACUCUCUCACCGAGCAUUUCGACAUACCAAAGGUUUCAUGGACGAAAUAAACGCAGAGGGCACUCACAAUGGCUUGUUGUGUUAUUGUAACUUAAAUAUUAGGUUUAUUAUUAUUAGGUUUACCAAUAGAAGCGUUAAGUAAUUUU